AUGGCUGAUCUCGAACAACACCAAGGGGAGCAGGGCAUUCAAGAGAAAAUUGAACAGACGAGAGAGAGGUUCAAAAAUGAGUUCCUCAUAGAUUCAUCCGACAAAUAUGACCAAAGAGACGUAGAUAAACUGCUGAAGGACAACUCCAUGGUGGAGGGCUACCUGAUGUGGCGACUCUACGUGGUGGACGACGCCUUGAAAAUGAUCGAUGAGAGUUUCCAGUGGAGGAAAGAAUAUGGUGUCAACGAUCUCUCUGAGAGCUCCAUUCCCAGGUGGAUGUUUGAAACCGGGGCAGUCUUCCUCCAUGGCUACGACAAAGAGGGCAAUAAGCUCUUCUGGUUUAAGGUUAAGCUGCAUGUGAAGGAUGCAAAAACAAUCUUUGACAAGAAGAAAUAUGUGGCUUUCUGGCUGGAACGCAAUGUCAAGAAAGAACCUGGGAUGCCUUUGACAGUAGUGUUUGACAUGUCAGAGUCUGGCCUUGCCAAUAUUGACAUGGACUUUGUGAAGUACGUUGUAAAUUGCUUCAAAAUAUAUUAUCCAAAGUUGCUCUCCAAGAUGAUUAUUGUGGAGAUGCCUUGGAUCAUGAACGCUGCUUGGAAGAUUGUGAAGACAUGGUUGGGUCCGGAAGCCAUCAGCAAGCUUAAGUUUGCAUCCAGAUCGGAACUCCCGUCGUACAUCGACCCAGAGUACUUGCCGCCUCACAUGGGAGGAUCGGACCCGUUUAAGUACAGCUACCCUCCACUCCCCGACGAUGACUUCCAAACACCCAUCGGCGACAAUGGACCAAUCGUCAGCGAGGACGAGAUUGAGAGCAAAGAGAGCGAGCUAGAGAGCAAAGAAGGCCUCGAUUCCAGCUUCAACUCAGAGGUUGCCAUCAAGCCCAAAAAGGUGAAUUUCCUGGAAGAAAAUGUCAAGACUGAAGAGAACGAUAAGGGUGACGGCCGAAUCAAAGGAGUGAGGAAGCCCGUGACCACAUUCAAAGGCACUCUGUUGGACAUCAGCCCUGCAGAAGAGCUCAGUUUCGGUUGUGGAGAUACAGAGAAGAAAAGCCUCAUUAUCCUGUGCAAUGUGACCAAAAACCCAUUAGCCUUUAAGGUUCGGACUACGGCACCCGAGAAGUACAGAGUGAAGCCUAGCAGCAGCACUUGUGAACCAGGCGCUUCCAUCGAUAUUGUGGUGUCACUGCAUGGAGCGUCUCAAGCGUCCCCCCAGGAUCGCUUCCUGGUGAUGGCGGCAGAGAUGGACAACGUAGGAUCUCAAGAACUCGCGCAGUUCUGGAAAGAAGUACCAAAACCUAAAAUCAUGGAACACAGGUUGCGAUGCCAUGUUCUUGAAAGCGUCAAACCGGUGGUGAACCCUUUGAAGGAAUCUUACGAUAUAGGAAGCAGCAACGACAUUAACACGAUGCUCAUGCGUUUGAUGGCCUCCAAUUCCCGCCUGGAGCAGAGCGUCAACACGUGCAUGUGGGUCCAGAAAGUUUUAAUCUGCCUGGUCCUGAUUCUGCUUUUACUCAACCUGUACUGCAUCCACCUGCUGAUGUUCUACCAGCAACUAUCUUGA